UAUUACUUUCUUGCGUACAUUCAUGAAGUCUCGACCAACAAAGCAGAAACUGAAACAGCGUGGGAUCUUAAAGGAGAGGGUGUUUGGCUGUGAUCUUGGAGAACAUCUUCUCAACUCUGGCCACGAUGUUCCCCAGGUCCUCAAGAGUUGCACUGAAUUCAUUGAAAAACACGGUAUUGUGGAUGGAAUAUACCGUCUGUCUGGGAUCGCAUCCAAUAUCCAAAAACUACGGCACGAGUUUGACUCCGAACAAAUCCCCGACUUGACAAAAGAUGUCUAUAUUCAGGAUAUACACUGUGUGGGUUCACUCUGCAAGCUCUACUUUCGGGAACUCCCCAAUCCUCUGCUCACUUACCAGCUCUAUGAGAAAUUUUCAGAUGCUGUAUCUGCUGCAACCGACGAAGAAAGACUAGUGAAAAUCCAUGAUGUCAUCCAGCAGUUGCCACCACCACAUUACAGGACUCUGGAAUUCCUUAUGAGGCAUUUGUCACACCUGGCUGAAUAUUGUGCCAUCACCAACAUGCAUACAAAGAACUUAGCCAUUGUCUGGGCACCAAACCUACUAAGAUCAAAACAGAUAGAAUCUGCUUGCUUCAGUGGAACAGCAGCUUUUAUGGAAGUGCGAAUCCAAUCCGUGGUUGUGGAAUUCAUUCUCAAUCACGUGGACGUCCUUUUCAGCUCUAAGCUCAGCUCUGUUAUUCGAGAGAGUGCAGGUCACAGUUCCUUGUCACGACCUAAAUCUUUGCUGGUGUCCUCUCCCUCCACAAAGCUGCUUACUUUAGAGGAAGCCCAGGCAAGGACUCAGGCUCAGAUAAAUUCUCCAGCCCCGGCAGAUAGCAAAUACAUCGAAGUAGGCGAGGGACCCGCUGCUUUGCAGGGAAAGUUCCAUACCAUCAUAGACUUUCCAUCUGAAAGAAAGAGACCUCCCAGUAAGAUGAAAAAAUCUCCCGUGGGCAGCUGGCGUUCCUUCUUCAACCUGGGAAAAUCAUCCUCUCUUUCCAAACGGAAACUGCAGCGCAACCCAAGUGAGCCAUCAGAAAUGAAGGCAAUAGCUCUAGCAGGAGGAAGAGGAGAGAGUGGAACCCUACGCUCCACCAAGAGUGAAGAGUCUCUUUCAUCUUUGCAUGGUAUCGAUGGUGAGUCUAAACUCUUUCGACCCCGAAGACCAAGGUCGAGCAGCGACGCUUUAUCCGCUUCUUUCAACGGGGAAUUGUUGGGGAACAUGAAUCGUUGCAAUUCUUACGACAAUCUGCCCCACGACCAAGAGAGCGACGGAGAUGAGGGACACCUGCAGGUUCCCGCCCUCAUCUCCCCCAGGUCGGCGGAGGACGUUGAUCUGAGCCCUCCGGAGAUCGGGGUGGCUAGUUUGGAUUUCGACCCCAUGUCUUUUCAGUGCAGCCCGCCCAAAGCAGAAUCCGAGUGUCUCGACAGCAGCACCUCCCUGUUGGAGUCAAUGGACUAUAACAAGGACAAGCCAAGCGUCUUUAAGAAAGAGCUAGACUCGGGCAGCCAAUCUCAUACGCCCUACAGCGCCACCAGCUCGGAGCCAGUUUCUCCUUAUCAGGAAAAAAACCCGAGUCCCUUCUUCACUCUGGAUUUGAGCCCAGCUGAAGACAAGCCUUCAAAGCUCCAGCCUUUCUCCGAGAAGCUCACCUGUGCCUACUCCCCCAAGUUGGCUCAAAAGCCAGUCAGAUCGCCACCGCUCCCUGCCUCCGAACCCGUUCCUUAUGCUCUCCCCAGCCGAAUGCCUGACGUGGUUACUGGAGGGGUGCCGGAAAGCGGCAGCCCUUUGGAUUGGACUAAAAAAAACACUGACCACAACGAAGCUUCAAGCGUGUCCCUUGCCCAGCUCAUGGCGUCACCUUUGAAAAGCAGUGCAAGCAGGUACGGUGAAGAACCCCAGCAAGAACUCCAGAACGCAGGAGAUACCAAGAAAGCAGAGCUUCAAGAAGAGGUGGAACAACUUGCUCUCAGCAGUGGCCAGAGUAAACCUGUACCUUCUGGACUGACACAGCCAGGAGCCGUUGCCCUUGACACCCCCCAGGAUUCUGUUCCAGUCAAUUCUGUUUCUGUUGUCCCUCCUCCACCUCCAAAAAAUGCUGCACGAAUCCUGGCUCUUGCUCUGGCCGAAUCUGCCCAACAAGCUUCAGUUCAAUCCCAGAAGAAGCCAGAUAUUUAUUCAGACUGUAGCAACUGUGGGAAAAGUGAGAGUGCGGGAACUCUAGAAAAGUUCCAUCCAUAUCCUGGCUGUGCUGUGGAAAGGCUCCAGUUCUAUGCUUCUCUGCCAGAGAACCCGCUCAAUUUUCAGAUGGUUGGGGAUCCUCAAAGAAGCGGAUUGCCUUUAGUUCAGGGCCCCCAAAGCGGUGGCACGUCUGAAGGCGACGACCAUCUCCACGUUGGCACAUCUGAACAUCGGGACCACUCCACUUUCUCUAAUAACAUGGCAGGAGACCUUCAUGGACUGGGUACUAACAUGGGCUGGGACCACUCCCACUUCUAUCCAUGUACAGUGGGAGACACGCACCUUCUUACUGAAUCUUUUGUCUCAGAAGAUCAGAGUCAUCUUCAUUCCUGUCCUGGACGAAGUGUUCAGGCAGAAUCAUCUACAGCGGAGAUACCAGUAGAAAGUCCUCUUCUGCAUGCUGGUGUCCCUUUGGAUAAGAACCAGAUCCAGGCCAACAGGAUUCAUCUUCCCAUCUGUAAAAUGGAGGACAGACUUCAUUUCCCUCCAGAUCUGGCCUGCGUCAUGAAGAACCACUCGGUGACUGCCAAAUCUAAUCCUGGCAUGUCCAGACAGAACGUCCCACCUCAGCCUUCCACAGGCACCAGCAACAUUACAUGGGGGGAAGCAGUUCUUCCUACAGGAAGUCUCCAAGUUCUACCCAUAAGACCAGGGGACCAGCCGGCCGUGGGACAGACUCCUCCCACAAAACCUUCAGGAGGCUUCAGCCAGGUGCAAGGAGAGGCAACUCCAGACAAAUUGCUGGAGCCUAGAACAGCUGAGCCGGCUCCCGUCUCGGGCAUUGAGGCCAGUGCUACAAUUCAGUGCACUUCGGCCACCCCAGUGGCUCUGUUUCACCAGGGACAUUUGGAGAAACCCCGAGAAAAUAUCAGGGCUCCACCUUUACAGAUGAGGUCCGAGUCUGCCCCAGCUCAAUCGUCCUAUGCUUUUAUGCCUCCAGCACCACCUGUGAGGACAAUGGAGAGUAAACUGGCAGCCGCCAUGCAUUCCAACAGCAAUGAUACGAUAAACCCUGCCAAUUUCCAUGCUUUUAUGGCUUCCUCCUCAUUGCCCCUGUCAGCAGAGGAUGUGUUGGCACCACCGAACCUGUCUAAGCAGGCAUCCCUUCCGUCUGCCUACUUCCCUCCCUCCAAGUCAGAAAGCAUGCCAGAGCCUCCAGCGCAUCCGAAACCCUCCUCGGCUCAUCAAUACAGGGCUGAAAAUAGCCAGCCCCACCUUUUCCACAGCAAGUCUGAGCAGCAUCCAGGCUAUCCUUCUCUGUCGGAGACUCCCCUGAGCUCCCGAUAUAACGCCCAUGCCAGUCAAGGAAAGAGCUCAUACGUCCAUUACGCCAAGCCACGCAGCCGGGUUGAAUAUCUGUCUUCCCUAAGCCCAACAAUGAGGAGCAGCAGCUGUGCGGAGGAAGCUCCACCCUACCCUACCAUCCGAAGGGUGCAUUCCCUGCACGUGUCCACCCCCUCCGCCAUCCGAUCCGUUCCUAUCUCCCGCACCGAGGUGCCUCCUGACGACGACCCCCUUUAUUGCCCAAGACCCCUCUUCCAGUACAAGCCAUAUCAGCCCCAUGGCGAUUAUCACGUCACUCAGUUGCAACCGUAUUUUGAAAAUGGCCGCGUUCAUUACCGAUACAGCCCUUACUCCAGUUCCUCCAGCGUUUCUUGUUAUACCGCUGGCGAGGGUGGAUAUUACGACUUGGACCCUUACGGUACAGUGAGGCUGAGGCAGUUCCAUCCUCUCCCAGGCAGAGAUUUUGCAUCCUACUCCAAGUUACCAACCAAGAACCUCUAUCGCUGUCCUGGUUUACCACCCUACUCCCGGGGAGGUCCCCCUGGGCACCUAGCAGGCAAAGAGCACAGUUUCAUCAGCAGGGAUGUGCCGCCUGCCCCUGAUGCCAAACCCAUGUAUGUCUCCUGGGACUUGGAAGAUAUGGAGAAAUAUUGCAUGCAGUCCAUCCGCCGAGAGAGCCGUGCUCGUCAGAAAGUCAAGGGGCCGGUCAUGUCCCAGUAUGACAACGUAGCCCCUUUGCUGCAAGAGGAGGUGCGGGCCACAGACAUCGUUCACUUGCGCAGCAAAUCUGAUCCUGGGAAAACUGGACUCCUGACGGUGGCUGAUGGGAAAGAAGGGAGAUACCUAGGCAAGGGAGGGGCACCCGAGGGAGAGGAACACUACUACGGGCCCCAGCCAGAACCUGACAUUGACAGAGCCCAUUACCGCGGGGGUUAUGGGAACGGACAGUCAGAGAAACCUCUGCUCCCUCAGAAACAAAGCAGUCUCAGGAGCAGAAAACCGCACGAGGUCGGUUGUAAUUCCAUGGAGCACAGAAUGCACCUUGCACAUGAAGCGGUCCACAGGCAGCCGCUGGAGGCUAAAAAUGCCCCUUCCUAUCCCGAUUACCGACCAAAGGGCCACCCAUCGGAACCCACAGAAUCCCUGACGUAUCAGCACUCGGGUGGAAAAUACAUCCCAGCUAACCAUGACGUAUUGAGACUGAACCACAAAGAGGUAAAGCUGGCUGAGGAUAGGCCGGAUGGAGAACGGGCUCGAUCAAGACUCCCGGCUGAAAAGCACUCCAGAGACUGCUAUAAAGAGAGUGAGCACUAUGGACAUCCUCCGGGACCACCACCUAAGCCGGAACGGAGCCAUAGUCUCCGGUUCCAGCACUCUGAGAGCACACCGCGGGAUGCCGGUCUCCUGUACCCAUACCAAACCCUUGGCAAACGCCAAAGUACAACUGUGGUAUCCCAGUAUGAUAAUUUGGAUGAUUACCAUACUAUGCCUCAGCACCAAAGAGGGGGAUACUCUGGAGGAGGAGGAGGGGGAGUUGCACCUUCUUUUCCUCAUCCACAUAGUAGGACUUACGCCACAGCUUUGGGCCAAGGAGCGUUCCUAUCGUCAGAGCUUUGUCUUCAGAGGCCAGAGACGGAAGUCCACGCAGAGUGAGCUCGGGGGCCGAAGAGAUAGAGUGUAAGCAGCCUCUGCUGGACAGUGGACUGGUUUAUUUUUUCAAUGAUGCACAAACAUGCACACGAACACACAAAGCAACUCCUUCCAUUUUAGCCCUCUUGAGUUUUUGCCCUGUCUAGUCCUCAUGCCGCUUAUAGGGACUGGUUUUUUUUUUCCUUUUGUUUAACACUAAAUGUAUAGUUUUUAUUCCAUUGUUUAAAUGUAGCUUGCAGCAACCAUACAGGCUUUUGUCAAACUUGAAGACGCAACCGAUCUCCAAGAAGAGCAGAAUCAAGAAGGAAGAGACGAGUUGCACUGUGAAUGAGUCUCAGUUUCCGUAGAUUUCAAACCAUGGCAUUUCCCUUCACGGUCACUGUCCUUCCAAGCCACGCGCAUGUUGUAUGUAUUGAUAGACAUUUCUUCUCCAGGCAAAAGUCCCUUGUAUGUGAUCAUUUAGAAGAAGUUUUAUGGAAUGCCAAGCUUUAGUAAAUAUUUUAACUUGGUCCUUUCAGGUUUUAUGCCUCAAACUUUAGGAAAAAAUAAUAAUAAUGAUUUCGCAUCGUGUGUAAUUCUCCCUUUAAUUGUACCACCUCUUCUUAAUAUCUUUUUUGUCUACAUUUUGCUUUUCAUAAUUU